AAGAAAAACAAAACCAAGAAGCAGAGUUGCCAAACAAGGCUAGAAGUUUGAAAAAAUCUGUUUUAGAUACUUUAGCAAAUGCAAACAAAAUAGUAGAAUAUAUAUUACAAAAUAAUUAUGUGGAAUAUGAUAACAACAAACCACAAGACAUGAGUCAUGUGACCAAAGAAACAGAAAGCAGAGCAACCAAAACAGAAAUUGAAGCUAAUAGUAGCUUCCCAAAUAAUAAAGAAAUAGAACAACCAAGAACAGAAAUUGAAAUGAAUAAUAGUGCUAAAAGUACUCAAUUCAUGCUUUUAGAAAAAACAAUACAAAAGGAAAUUGCAUUAAAUACACAAAAAAUAUGGCAAGAAAAUGAAGAUUCUGAUGGGUUUAAAGUAGUCACCUCUAAGAAAAAGCACAAACACAAAUUCAAAAUAGCUAUCUUAGGAGAAAACAAAUCCAAUAAG